AUGAAGCUCAUACUCCGCCCAUCGGCAUUCCACACAGCCCUCCCCCGACUGAGACCUCUGCUUAUCCAGAGAGGCUACGCGGCCCAGAACGACCCUUCCACCGCUGCAAAGAGAAGGGCCGUUACGCCUUUCAACGAUGACGGCCACGUUCCCUGGCGCGACCUUUCAGGCGCCGAGAAAACCGCAAGAGCCACACAGCAGACAUUCAACUUUGGUCUAGUUGUUGUAGGAGCCGUCUUGACCUCACUGAAGCGCAAACCACAGGGAGGAGUAGCCUACUUCCUAUACACCGACGUCUUCUCCCCCGACAGCAAGACUGCAUACUACAACCGCGCCGUCGAUCGAAUCAAGAAGGAUCAAGACUGUCUCGCUGUGCUGGGAGAUGCCAAGAAGAUCGCUUUCCAUGGCGAGGAAACAUACAACAAAUGGCGUCGCGCAAGGCCUAUUGCAUCUACACACACAACCGACAAGCAGGGCACUGAACAUAUCAUGCUACACUUCUAUGCUGAGGGGCCGCGUGACAGAGGCACCGUCAAUAUACACCUGACCAAACGCCCUGGUGCAUCCGAGUUCGAGUAUAAAUACUUCUACCUCGACGUACCAGGACAUCAGCGCAUCUAUCUGGAGAACGCAGACGCCAAGUCCUCCGCCGAGUCCAAGAAGUAUAAAUUCCUCGGUGUAAACUGGAAUUAA